AUUUUGAAUUCAGUGCUUUUAAACAAAAAUAAACAAUUAACCAAAAUUACUGUGUUCUGAGGUACACUGGCCAGCUCUUGCUUGUCUCUUUUCUUCCAACAGGUCACGGCUGAGUCCUGCAGGCAGCAGCUUUUCCAAGUAUGGCUCGUUUGGAAGGGUCCCUGCCCAGGGGUCACAGGUAUUGCAGUGUGAGGCCAGCUUUGGACAAGUUUUCAUGUUCCACUGUCAUAUCCACAAUUAAUCCCUGCUGCAGGAACUCUUUUGUUGUGUAUCCUGCCUGGAUUGCUGAGCACCUUGACCCCAAAAGGUGCCAAUGGAUCAGCCACUGCCUUCCCUCCCUUGGCCCAGCAUGGAAGAGCCUGGGGGACUCAGGGGGCACAGACUGCAACGUGCCUGUGCUGGCUAGAGGGGAACAAGAUGGAUUUUAUUACCCUGGAACAGUAAAAGAGGAGAUAGAGAGUGAAAGAGGCAUGUUCCUAGUAGAGUUUGCCAAACCACUAGUGUCACGUGGAAGGCAUCCAGUGUGUGUGCAAAAAACAGCCCAGGAUGGCAUCCUGGAAUAUGUGAAUGGGAUGAAGCACUCCUUGCUCCCUGGAGACAGAGUGCUGGCACCCUGGGAGCCAGACAGGGCCAGGUAUGGCCCAGGAACUGUCCUCAGAGGCAUUGAGACAAGGGAUCCCUUACGAGCCUCAGAAGAUGAAGAAAUUACAGUCCAGUUCUGGAAUGACAAGCAAGUGAAACUCCCACGUGGUGUGGCUCUGUGGAUCCCUCCUAGCCUGUGGGAGAGGAUUGUGGAGAUGAUCCACAUGCCCUUCACCAGCAGGCUGAAGCCCAGACCAAGCCAGGACUCUAACUCUUCUAUUUUCCCCUGCAGUCCUAAGGCAGCCCUGAUUCCUGUUUGUGCUCUGUGUAGCCUUGCCAAGCACUGCUUGCUCUGCUCUCCCUGCUGGCCACAUUUCCACCACCAUUGUGCUGGUGGUGUCUGCUGUUCAUUAGCCUGGGGAAGGUGCAUCUGCUGCUGCCACCCCUGUGCUGCUGCCUGGUGGCCUCUUCCCUCCAGGUCUCUGGUCUUUCAGGACAAAGCUGAAGAGGCAGAGUCCAGCAGUGAGCUCUCUCCAGGCCUUCUAGAACUGAAAGGCACAAAAGAAGGAGAAGCUGCAGCUGUGGCAACAUCUUCUCCCUCUUCUGAUUCAGAGAGGGACCUGAAGCCAUCACCCACUAAGAGUACUCUGGGGGACAGUGCUGCUAACACAGGCUCCAGCUGUCUUGAAAAGUCCAGGCUAAGGAAUUCUGCCAGACCUGAGGGGGAAUACUGGAAAAAAAACCACUACAAGUCCCAUUCCAGUAAUUCAGGACCUGGAAGUUGUACAAAGGACCAUCUGGAAUCCAAAGUCAUCUCCACUGGGGACAUGUCCAGUGUGGCCCCAGCUCAGCAGAGUGCAAUGUUUGAAACCACUGAGCAGACUCCCAGAGGGCAACUUACACGGAAAAAAAUCCUAAGAAACCAAGAUUUCAAGCCAUCAUUGAGGGAAGGCUUUGCAGCAUCAGAAGAACAAAGAUACAAAGCAGCAUCAGAUGAUAAAUGUGAAGUGACUUGUGCUGGAGCUGACAAACCUGAUGUUACAGAAUCUGUCAGAGCUCACUUGCAGCAAAGCAGAGAGAGACAUGAUCAACCAGAAUUCAGUACAUAUACUACUGAUCAAGUCAGGGGCUGAAAUUUCAGAAAUGACUGAAGCAGUACUGUCUUGGCUGAUGCAUAAAUGUGGAAGUCAUCCAUUGCUCGUUCCUACUUUAAUAGUCUUAAUAGGACACAAGAUAGACCCAAAAAAUAAUUUAGGUUGGAAGACACCCUUAGGAUCUACAGUCCAACUGUAAACCUAGCACUGCCAAGUCACGGGUAAGGAUGAGCCUGACUACACUUUGUUUUGUCUUGUGUAAAACUCUAUUCUGCCCCAGUUGUUCUAGGAUUAACUGCUUACUGUGUAUGUACUGCUUUGAAAUUAUAAAGGAGCUGCUUAAGAGCUAAUCACUUGGCGUGCUGGAGUACUGUUUUCUCUAAUUUAAUUGCAGACUUGGGCUCUGUAUUAGCCCUGCAGGCAGUGAGCUCCCUGCUGAGUUAGGAUAACAGAUCCCCAAGGGCACAAACUGAAUGGAAUUCCCAGAGCUCAGAGCAGUAGCUGUGCUCACAGGGAUGGGCUGGCAGAGGCUGGCUCCAGUGUGCCCACCCAGCAGAGCAAUGGCACCUGCCAGCCAGAGCCAGCACGAGGACAGUGGAGCUGGGCACCUGCACACAGCAGCAGCAUCCCAAAUCCAGUCUGGCCUGGUUUUGCCUGGGAUAGAGCAAGUUUUCCUCCUAGCAGUUGGCAGAGUGCUGUGUUUUGGAGUUAGUAGAGUACAGUGUCGAUAACAAACUGAUGUUUUGGUUAUUGUUGAGUAGUGCUCACCCUAAGCCAAGGACUGUUCUCAUGCUCUGCCAGUGGGGAGCUGCACAAAAAGCUGGGAGGGAGCAGGGCUCUGACAGCUGACCCAAGCUAGCCAAAAGGAAAUUCCAUACCAUAGAAUGUAAUGUAAUGUGUAUAAACAGGGAGAGUUGCCUGGGCACUGGUCAGCGAGUGGUGAUCAACUGUAUUGUGAAUUUCUUGUUCUUCUUAGAUUUUAUUUCUCUCUCCCUUUUUCAUCACAAUUAUUACUGUUAUUACCAUUGAUAUUAUCAUAUUUUGUUUCAAUUAAUAAACUGUUCUUA